GCCCUGAGAUCAACCCAGCCUGCCUCCCAGCCAAACUUUGGGCUUGGCCGGGGCAUGCAAGAAGCCCAGAAUGAGAAGGAACUGGGAGCAGACGAGGAGGGGGAGGAGUUGGAAGAACUGGGAGGCAUCAAUGAGAAACUAAUUAGGCAACAUAAGCUUCCACUCUCUGCACAGUCAGCCUUCAGCUACAUCCCACCCCGACGCAAAGAUCCCCCUGAACUCAGCUAUUUUCACCAAGAGAGCAAGGCAGGAAUUGUUUCCGUAUAUGACUGCAUCUUUAAAAGACCCAUUGGCUACAAUGAAAAGCUCCACCGGUGUGACCGGGAACAUGCAAAAAGCAGAGGUCUUCACAUUAACGAUGAGGAAAAAGCAAGGCCUAUGGCUGUCCUGUCCUCCUCUGAAUAUGGACGACGCAUAGACAAGCCUGUGGAAGAGCUGAUCCGAGACCAUGUGCGCAUUAACCGUGUGCAGGCAGAAUUCUACAGGAAAAAUGGACUAGCUUGCUUGGUAGAAAAAUCUUCCAGAAGCGUGGAUGCAGUCUAAACCACUCUGCUGUGCGUGAGAUCAGAGAGCAAUAAGGUUUCCAUUUAACCCUCUCUAGGGUACUGCUGCCAUUUGGGUUCAGUUCAAAUGUAACAUC